AUGAGUAGGGAGUUGAUCGACACCAAGCAGGAGUUGCUCGAUGAGGCGAAGAAGGUACGGGAUACCCUCGAGGAGAUUGGCGAUUCGAGACUCGAAAGAGCCAUGGAGACAACAAAGAAUUUCCUUGCCCGUGACGGACCCGACGAGUGGGUAGAGGAUUUCCUUGAUCAAGUACAACAGGGCUGA